AUGGCAUCUUCAAUUGAUAUUGUCUUUUUAAUUGUUUUGCGUAUGAACUCCAUCUUUUCUUUAGCCAUUCGAUUGUAUCCGUGUGUUCUUUUUCAUCUCAUUCGGUGCCUGCGGGAGUAUACAUAUAUAUAUGAGCGGAGGCGCUUCUUCUCGAAAAGGAAAGCAUAUAUAUAUUGGGAGAGGGAGGCAAUAGGCUUCUUGCUCAUCCUCUACUCACUUCAGAAAUUCGAAUGCGAGGCGAGAGAACAUCUGGACAGUAGAAAAGAAUGCUAUUCUUUUCUCUUUUUCCUAACCAUCACAUCACUCCUCGUCUUAUCUCAGGCUGGGGUCUUUCCUUUCUCUCUCUCGGUGUGUGUGUGUGUGUGUAUUGUCUCUUUAUGUUGGUAG